UUUUGUGAUCGUGGGGAGGACGCCACCGCUCGUGACGUCACUCGAGUGUAUUAAAGCCCUGCGCGUGCAUGUGGAGCGUCUCAUGUUAGGAUGUCUCAGUCUGAUUCACUUCACUUCUCCAUCGGGAUUCUGGGCAUAUCUGGCGGUUCUUUGCUGCUGCUGGUGAAGAACUAUGCAGACUCUCCAGAGAAAGUGUUCAUCACAGACACAGCUUUAGGAGUUCUGCUCCUCUUGUUUGCUGCUUUACUGGCUUAUGCAGGUGUAUUACGCAUCCAGUCCCACCGCUCACUCUUCGCUAGUUUGUGUCUGACAGUGUCAGCGCUGUGGUCCGGUUCAGGGUUAGUGCACAUCCUAAUAGGCCAGAAUAUAAUCAGUGGCAGGAACAUGCUGAGAGAUGCCAUGGUACCAGGCCUUGCAGCCUUUACCCUGGCACUGCUCGUUAUCUGUGUAGUGGCUAUCCUACAUCAAGAGGUAGUCCUGUCAUUCAUUGCCCUCUCGAUAUGUUUAGCGUGCGCCCACCAAAUCGCCGGUCUGGCAGAUUUGGGCUUUGGACAGACGGCCACCGCUGCUUGUUACCUCAUGGUCUGUAUGGUGGGUGCUUACUUCGGAAGCGGCCGCUUGUUGUGUUACGUCACACAGAGAAAAGUUCAGCUACCCGGAAUGAGUUUAUUAAACAAAGAUAGCGUCAAACCGACGCAGAGUCAAGAAGCUAAUGACGUAGCGGCUGUUGGGAUCAUCAUGAACCUGCUGUCGGCUAGCGUGCUAGCUUGUCCUUUGCUGGGUGUGGUCCCUAAGCUUUUCAUUGCUCAUGUGCCGUGGCUGUGGACGGCUGGUGUCUUCCAGCUGGGGGUGUGUGUGAAGAUGUACAGGGCUAUGGAUACCCUGGCAGCCACUUUCUAUGGCUUCACGUCUAUUCUGCGCUUCACUGAGGGCUAUACCGCCCUGGUGGCGGACUUGACACACCAGGUGCCCUAUUCCCCAGUGCCUUUCCCAGUUGUUUUGUCCGUUCUGUUUUUUAUUCUAGCUUUGUUUAACGUGCAGGGAGGAUUUGUGAACCCCAUCUACCAGCUUUUCUUCGUGGCGUACAGUAUAGCAAUCGCAGCCGAACCCCAAAGCUUCUUUCAAAAGGGCACGCAAGGUGUCCAGGCAGCUAUCUUUGUCACGUCUGCCUGUGUGCUCUUUAUAACUCUGUAUAACACGGUUUCUGCAAAUAAGAUACCUACAGGUGCAGACGUAUUUAAGAAGCUAGUGGCCCACAGUAGUAAAUUUGUCCUACAUACCCAUGACAAAGAUCUGCAUGCUCCCUAUCUGGGCUACUCAAAAUAUGCAGACGCUGAUGUGUUGGGCCACGCCUGCAGUGUCCUGGCCGCUUUUUCAAUCACAGCCUCUGCUACUAGCGGAAACCCAUUGGCAAUGCUGAUCCUACCAUGGGCCGUUGUUUCGGGGGGGGUGUUGCAACUGCUUUGUGGUUGUGUUGCCUUCGCUCGAGGGAAGACCCUCGAGAGCACCACUUUCAUCCUUCACGGCGUCAUGUGGGCAGUGUGGGGACUGACUCGUUUCGGCGGCCUCUAUGGCGACGUCCGGAGCUUUCACGUCGCCGUGGGAAUCAUCAGUUUCAUGCUCUUCAAUGUUUUAGUGACAGCCGGGGCUCUGUUCCUCAACAAGGUGUGGUUCGUCUAUGCCUUCACCUUCCAGCUCAUCCUCAUCAGCUUCUUACUGGAUGCAGUAGGCGCGCUGCCCCGCGGCUACGAUAUUGCCGUGACCAUUCUCUUCGGACUUGUCGGCUUCUACAUCUUCUUGGCCGACAUUAUUAACUGCACCUUCAAAAGUCCACAACUUCCGUUCGGCGAUCCCUUGAUCAAGCUGAGGGGCUUUGGAGGAGGCAAAGACAGUUGUCCCCACCUUUCAGCCAGGAGGUCCACAUCAGUUCAGCAGAUUGCAGAGAUCAUGAAGAAUGGAGGCAUAUGUGGAAUGCCCACAGACACUGUCUAUGUACUUGUGGCAGCCUGCAAUCGUCCACAGGCUGUUGAGAAAGCGUAUAGGGUGAAGAAACAGGCAAAGGAGCGUCCCAUGUCCUUAUGGAUUUCCUCCAUAAAGCAGCUGGAGCCAGUCAGGCAACAGAUCAGUCCUGUUCUCUGGGACUUCAUGGAAGCGGCCUGGCCAUCUUCCAUUAGUUUAGUUAUAGCUAGGGCUCCAUGGAUGGACUUCUUUGGUUUGGGCGAGUCAUCUAAAUAUAUUGGCACACCACAGAGCAUCGCUAUAAGAAACCCGGAUUGUACUGUUGCUACACAUCUCAUAAAUUCGGUGGGCCCCAUUGCUGUCACAUCUGCUAACCCUACUGGUGAAGCUGACACAACCCAUCACAACCAAGUUUAUGCAAAACUUGGUGACAAGGUCGAUGGGGUGUUGUGUGAUGGGCCGUCACCAGAGAACAUCGCCUCCACGGUAGUAGACUGCACUAAAAUUGAAAGUGGCCAGAUCGGAUUUUUCCGUGUCGGUCUGAUUCCUAAAUCCAAGGUUCUUCAUAUCUUUGAGGAGAUUCAGAAGAGACACAAACACGGUCAGCUGAAUGAUGCUUUUGAGACUGACAUCACAGAUCCUCACAGACAACAGACAGAUUCUCCGACAGAUUUAUCCGAGACGAACACAGACUCGGGUUUUGGUCAUGUGACGCCUGCAGACUCACUGAGCUCUGUAGACCUCAGCCAAUCUGACCGACAGGAGAAUGAAAAUGAGUCGUAACAAAGACUGCCAAACACAACGCUUUCCAUUGUUUUUAUUGAACGUGUGCAUUUUCAACUUUUUACAGCGUUUAUGUAUUAGUGAACCCAAAUUUACACAAUGUGUCACAAUGAACACUUGGAGCCAUGUUAAUAUUUAUGAAGGAGCAAAUAACUACUGACAAAUAUUAUAAUUAUAAGAUAUUAACAUCUUGUUCAUUUCAAUGUGUAGAGGGCUUCUGAUGUAAAUAAUUGUUGUGCUGUUGUCAGUCUUUUUAUAGUAUUUGGGCAAUUCCAAUGUUAUGGACGCGACAUAAAAAUGCUCAGAGAAUGAAUUUGUUACAAAUAUAUGUAACAAAUAUAAUGUCAGUCUAUGAACAAGUUUU